AUGUUUAACGUUUUGGUGGUUGACGACGACUCGACAUGUUUAACUAUUCUCAGAGCAUUUUUACAGAAAUGGAAUUACGAAGUGACUGCUGUAAAGCAUCCAUAUGAUGCUCUGUGCGCGCUUCGGUUGAAAACGUAUGAUAUUGUCAUGUCUGAUGUGCAUAUGCCCAACAUGAACGGCAUUCAACUCCAGAAACAUAUAAACCAGGAAUUCCAGUUACCUGUCAUAUUGAUAUCAUCCGAUAGCCAAAAGCAAAUGGAGGGACUUCAAAACGGGGCAGUAUACUUCAUGGUAAAGCCUGUAGGAAUUGAUGAUGUGAAAAAUAUAUGGCAAUUUUCAGUCUGGUGGAAGAGCAAAAUAAAUAACAGUACUCUACCAAGAGAGAUCAAUAGUCAUUCUGAAGAGGAUUUAGUAAGAGAAACUGCAUUAUCUUCUGAUGAUAUUAUUAAUGCAAGGAGUGACAGAGUUGUCUGGUCAGGUGAUCUCCAUGAUCGAUUUGUGGAAGCUCUUAUCGUCCUCGAUGCUAAACCAAAAAAGAUUCUGGAAGUCAUGAACAUACCAGGACUUACUCGAGAGAAUGUGGCAAGCCACCUUCAGAAAUAUCGAAUGUUCGCGAGACGUAUUUUGGAUGGCGAUGAAACUGAGCUUAACAAUAGGCAAUGGUUCAAUUAUCAUUAUCACUCAAGUGUGGUAUCUGGAAAUCCACACUUAAUAUUAAUCAAUCAGCUCAGAGAUGAGCGAAGAACUCGCCAGUUGGCAGCCCCUGUUCCAGCUGGAGCUUCUUCAGGAAACAAUACAAAUAUUGGAAUGUGGCACUAUGGAGGAUUGGUUGGAGCAACUUACAAUAAUCAUAUCGGAACUUCUAGUUCUGCUCCCUUUGAUAAUUCUUACUCUAACCAGGCAUUCAAUAACGGCUGGCAGGAACUCAGUAACCUUUUCUUCGGACACAACACUAAUGGUGGUCAGCUAAGUAAUCAACUUGGUGCGGGUGCUGCACAAUUGACUUAUCAAAACAUUUUCACUGGUGCGGGUGCUGCACAAUUGACUGAUCAAAACCUUUUGACUGGUGCGGGUGCUGCACAAUUGACUGAGCAGAACCUUUUGACUGGUGCGGGUGCUGCACAAUUGACUGAUCAGAACCUUUUCACUGGUGUGGGUGCUGCACAACCGACUGAUCAAAACAUUUUCAGUGAACAGAACAUCAAUGGUGGUCAGGUAACUAAAGUAUGA